GACUACAAGCAUGAUCGGAAUAUCUAUUGGGGAAGCAGUUUCUGCCUGUCUUUGAUAAAAUGCUGUCGCAUGGGUGGAAUAAGUUACCCUAACCAGAAGGCUCGUUCGAGGGGAGCACUUUUGUCAAGUCGGUGACGCCUUUCAAAGUGUGUUGCAUUAUGCUUAGAAACAUUGUCCAACUUGCGACUACAUGAUCUUUACAAAAAUCAUGUGACCAAAGGUCCUGCACUUUUUGAUGAAGUCGCCUUACAGUCGCUGCACUUCUCACCAACUGCACCAUGCAGCCAUCACCUGCAUUGUGGGAGGCAGUAUUUGCCAACUAAUCAUUAGGGUGUCAGGAAUCACCUUUGAUGCAAUUCUAAAGCUACAAACGAAAGCGAUAUUUGAGACCUCUCUAACCAAUUAAUUGUACACACAUUAUGUUUUCAGUUUGUGAGUGUGUGACAUGGGGAUAUAGAACAGUUUGAGACAUUUAUACAGAAAAACGUUUAUAGGCAAUUGCAGCUAUGUUGAUCUGAGCCUUAUUGUUGGAAAACCAUUACCAUGUACGACUUUCGUACACUGAUACACCACCCCGACUUCACUAGCCACAUUGUAUCUACAGUCGGCUUCAUUAGGCUUACUGCUUGAACACACCCAGAUACUUUUUCAUCGCCCCAAUAGUUAGAGUAAGGACAGUGGAGGCUGCUGGGGGGAGGACGGCUCAUAAUAAUGGCCGGAACGGGGCAAAUGUAAUUGCAUUAUACCAUUCUGCUCCAGCCAUUACCACAAGCCAGUCCUGCUCAAUUAAGGUGCAACAACAUCAUAUGGGUAUCUUGUUGAACAGAGAGACGUGGACCUCAAUGUAAGAGACAAAUGGGACAGCACCCCGUUGUACUAUUCUUGCCUCUGUGGCCAUGAGGAGCUCGUCCAGUACCUGUUGGCUAAUGGAGCAAAGUGUGAAGCCAACACAUUUGAUGGAGAGCGAUGCAUGUAUGGGUCUCUGAGUGACUCCAUCCGACGUCUCCUAAAAGAGUACAAGUGCAUCACAGCCCAAGCCAUGCAGAGGGACUAUUAUGACCACUUCCUUCUCACGUUACUGGAGCAGGGCCAGUAUAGUGACGUCAAGUUCCUGGUUCACGGUGAGACAUUUCAGGCUCACCGCUGUGUGCUGAGCGCUCGCUCAGAGUACUUCACAGCCAUGUUUGAAACCAAAUGGAAAGGAAAGAACUUGAUCCCCCUCAAACACCCUUUGAUCAACCCAGCAGCCUUUGGUGCCAUCCUGCAGUAUUUUUACACUGGUCGUAUGGACAUUGAUGUGAGCCACGUGGAGGACUGCAAGCGGCUGGCCAAACAGUGCAAAAUGGGCGACCUUAUUGAUGAGUUGGAGAGCAAGUGUAAACAGGUGUAUGAGUUUGUCUCCAAUAAACCAGGGACCUGUGUAAAGGUUCUGACCCUGGAGCCUCACAGCUGUCAGCAUCAGGAGGAGAUGGCUCAACUGGCAGACUGCGCCCUCCCUGCUGAGCUAAAAGUGGGAUUUGGCGAGCUUCCAUUUGACAGAACUGACAACUUCCCUAGCUACCCUGACAUUUGCUUCAGGGUUGAAGGUUAUGACUUCCUGUGUCAUAAGGCGUUUUUCUGUGGACGCAGUGACUAUUUUAAGGCGCUGCUGCAGGACCACUUCAGUGAGGGAGAGAUGAUGCAGUCCCAGCCCAGCACCCCAGUCCUCACCAUCCACAACAUCUCCCACGAGAUCUUUAUCCGUCUCCUCUAUUACGUCUACAGCGACGACACGGAGCUGUCCCCAGAGAAUGUGUUUGAUGUGCUGUGUGUGGCUGAUAUGUACCUGCUCCCCGGGCUGAAGCGUCUGUGUGGUAAGACGCUGGCCAAGAUGCUGUGUGAGGAUAACGUGUUGCACAUGUGGAAGACAUCCAAGCUCUUCAGACUGUCUCGUCUGGAGGACCAGUGCACGGAGUACAUGGCUAAGAUCAUAGAGAGGCUGGUAGAGAAGCCUGAGUUUGCUGACAUGAUCAAGGAGGAUGCUGGGGCGGUGGAGGACCGACACGAGACUGACUCCAUCCCUCUGGUGGACGACAUCCGCUUCCACAUCACCAGCAACGUUCAGACCUUCAGUGCCAUUGAGGAGGCCAACGUGAAGCUGGACGCCCUGGAUCAGCUGCUCUCCACCAUCGGUCUGGAAUGCUAAUGAGAAGGUGUGGUGGUGUGUUAGGGCUAGUACUGGCUAAGCUAGCUGCUAGCCAGCUGCUGGCAAGAAGGACUUGUAUUGGACUGUUGAAGGGUAUUGGGGGAGACAUUAAAUAGCUUUCACAUUAUACACACAAAAAUAGUGUUUAUUUCACCAGCAAUGGCUUCAAAUAGUUUAAAUGCUUCUGGGCCAGACCAGGUGGUGGGCAAAGCACCUUUUUGCGAAUAAUGUGAAAGCUGAUAAUGCAACAAUUUGUGUAUUGGGUACAUUCUAGUAUUGACCUGGAAUGUCAAAGACCGAAGUAUGUAGGGACUGGAGGCGUCAAGUUGCUAUUGAGUAUCUAGACAAGGAUAGGGUUGCUGAAGAAGUUGAGGAUGAUGUUGCAUUGGAAUGAAUGAAACACACAGAUACAGAAGCCCAUGUGAUGAGGAUGAAGAGUGAGGAAUGGAGUGUGGACUCUGAUUGUAAUAUAUAUACUUUCGUUUGCGGUUUUAUUUUGAAGUAAUGUAUUUUUCUUGGAACAAAACAGUUGGGGAAUGACAAGUCAUCUGACCACAAACAUAGUAGACCCAAUAUCACAGAAGAUAUUACAGUAUGUCGGCUUAGAAAUGUAGCUAUUAAAGAACCUUCGCAUUUGUGUGAAAAAUACCCAAUUAUGAAACUCUCUGUUUUUAAACAAAGAGACUCAGAGAAAGAGCAAAUAUUUUACUUGUGUGAUGAAUUAGAAUAGAAUAGAAUUCUGAAUGACAGCAAAUGUUUCCCCUAACAUGGACAUCACUCUUAUUUUUACUUUCACAUUUUCCUGACUGGUAUGAAUUUGUUAAACUAUGUUUUAGCGGCUUGCUUUUCUUAAGAGGCAAGACAUUUUGAUUAUUUUUCACCUUGCGCUAGUAUAUUGUAGGCCUAAAUGCAUGCUGAUUACUCUUGUUGUGUAUGCAUGAUUUAUCUUUAUAGAAUGUAGCUUUUUAUUUAGGUGUUAGGAGAGAGGAAACCAUAGCUAGUUACAUGGCUAUGUUAAAUAUUGUUUAAAUCCAAAAAAGAACGAAAAGAAAUUCAGCCUCAUAUGUCGCAUAUGACAGACAAUGAAUUGAAACGUUUUACUGUUAAUCAUGAGUAAAGUAAAGAAUUUGUUUUUCUGAUUUAGUUCUGAAAAAAUGAUGACUGGAGUCAAGUAAAGACCCAAUAAGAGAUAAUUUACAAAAUGUAAGUGUUUUUUAUUUUUAGUUGCCAAUAAUUUAGAGAACUUAUGACACAACUUGUAAUCUACUCGAUUUGAUAACUAGGUAUUGAAUCCUGUCAGUCACAUUCAUGCAGCAAAUGCAUUUAGCCUCAAUUUGCAUGCAGUGUGGGGAAACCACGGUAAGAAGGAAAUGAGUAUUUUCACAUACAGCAGUCACAAUGAUCCUAAUUUCCUUAAAGCAUACUUGCAUGUACAUGGACAAGCAGACAGACAACUAACCACAAGCUAUUCAGUGCAAUUUUGAUGUAUUUAUUUUGAACUCAAUCCAAGUCCCAAUAUCUCUUAUUUUUAACUAUGACAUUCCACUGCUAUGCAUAUAUCACUUUCAAAAUACAAAUGUAUUUUUUCAUUGUCAACUUUACCACAUAUACUACUGGAUAAGCAUAGGAUUGUGCUGUAAAUAACAGUAACACCUGUACAUGCUGAACAGACAAAUACAUGUUAUUUGUUUGUGAAGCUUGUGUGAUUUAAGUUUCUUAUGCGGGCUGUUCUUUAAGAGGAUAACACACGCUAUAGUUAGUAAUGAUUUCCCAUUAUAUGCACAAAGUAGGAUCAAUCAUUUAGCCAGUCCGCUUUGAUAAAUAUGUAAGGGAUAAUCAACGAGAGGCUGUGCCUUCUCUGGAAAAGAAUGAACAAAGUGGAAGGUGUGCAGCUGAGUUGCAUUAUUUUCCAGAGAACGCAUAGAGCCCCGAGUUGAUUAUCCAUUUUAUAUCAUGGCUAUAAUUUAGCACAUUUACCGCUAGAAAUGUGUUCAACAUCCACUUAGAUAGCUAUGCAGUUUACUAGCUAGUGACGGUAGUUGCCUUCGUAACCAAACAAACGUGCUAGUUUAACCAAACCAUCAAUCGUAGUUUGCUAUUAUGAAAGUCGAAUUCUACAAUGCCAAUGAUGUUUUCAAUUCGAAUUUUGCUUUCAAAAGCAGCUCAAACAUAGCACAUGUAAGAAUGAACUAUAGCCAUUGAAUUAUACCGUGCAAAUAUACCAUGCGUUAUAGGGAAAUAAUGCAUGUUCUAGAAUGCCCUUCAAGUUAAUCCAAAACAAGUAUUCAACAAUGCCAUGGUAUAAUUAACCAAUAAAGCCUGAGGGGGUGUGGUGUGUGACCAAUAUACCACGGUUUAGGGCUGUUCUUAAGCAUGAUGCAACAAGGAGUGCUUGGAUACAGCCUUUAGCUGUGGUAUAUUGGCCAUAUACCACAAAUCCCUGGGUUGACUUGUUGCUAUUAUAAACUGCUUAUAAAUGUAAUUAGAACAGUGAAAAUAAAUGUUUUGUCAUACCAGUGGUUUACGGUCUGAUACCACGGCUUUCAGCCAAUCAGCAUUCACAGCUCGAACCACCCGGGUUUACAAUUGGAUAUAACUUGUUUUCUCUGGAUGUUGAAGUGAUUGUGUGUGGUAGUAGGAUGGUCCAUGACAGAGCUUACAAUUUGAUUUUUUUACUCCUGUAUUUAGCUUAUAUUUGAAACAGAAAUGUUUUACCAUUGUCACAUUGUUAGCAAAAUUGACUCCAUACUUUUUAUUUUAAGUGAAAUAAUAUAUUAUGUACCAUGCUGUCAGUACAAUAAAAAGUGAAGAAAAAAUGCA